AUGGCUUCCGCACCUUCGGGUGCUGCCGUACUGGGCGUGAUCUACUCGCUCAUUUUGUUGGCGGCUCUGAUUAUUAUAGCUCGUAUCUAUCUACGUCUUGUGAUACAGAAACAGAGACUCGUCGCUGCAGAUUGGCUGCGGAUAGCAGCAUGGUGCUCAGCAUUUACGACAGCAUCUUUCGACGUUGUCUUCUUGAAGGAAGAUGUGUUGGAUCCCUCUCUUAACUACACUCUAGUCAAUUGGGAUGUACCUCCCGAGAAGCUGGAAAGAGUCCUUAAAUAUAUGUGGGCUGGUGUCAUUCCCUUCUUCACAACAUUCUACCUAUGCAAAGCAUCUCUUCUUGUCGUCUACCUCCAACUGUUUCCGCCUUUCAUGAAAAAGAGAAGAUUUCUGGUUUGGUCAGUCGUUGUUUAUUGCAUCGUUGCAUACAUAAUAUCGAUAUGUCUGCAGAUGUUCUCUUGCUAUCCAAUUCGCAGAAACUGGACGGUUGCUCCACCUGAGGACACCUGUGAUGGUGAUGUGUUGGAGAGAACUUUCCAGGUUGCUUGGACAUUGCACUUCAUUGGAAGUCUGUUCCUUUUUGCUCUGCCAUUCCUCGUUCUCCACAAGCUUAACAUGCGCACGCGUGUCAAGAUCAGUGUCUACUGUAUCUUCCUCCUGGGACUGAUCGACAUCGCAAUGUCUCUCACGCGAUUCCUGACCAUUCAACUUGGCAACGUCGGUGACUUCCGCUCCAUUACAACAAUUGAACUUUGGAGUGCACUGGACGUCUACAUAGGCCUCAUCAUCGCCUGUCUUCCCGCCCUCCGACCAUACCUCCGCCGAAAGGGCUCCAAAUACGACUACCCUGGAUCCGGACGACCGACUGGCAACUCUGCUGCACCUCCCCGUCGGGUCGGACAGAGCGGCUUUGAAGAACUAGACGAGACACCGUCGCUGGAUGGUGACGUUGGCCCUAGGACGUGGGCAGGGUCCAGCUCGCCUGAGCUUGGUGCAGGAUGGAGCGAUAAGAAGAGUACGAGAAGUGACGUUGAGCUUGUCACUCUAGAUGCUAGUACGAAAGAUAGGGCGCACACGUGA